AUGGCAACAGAAAAAUGGCCUCCACCAUCUUCUUCCUUGAAUCAAUCAGUAAAGCAGUUGAGUACAAUACCACUACCGCCUGGCGAUGAAGUGGCACCCAAGCUCGUUCGACUUCUCUACUUUGUCGGCGCCGGAAUUGUUUGCACUGUCGCGAUUAACAAAUGGAAAGAAUAUGAAAAGAAAUCCAUGAUUCAGAAGGAGCAAUAAAUGAAUGAAUCCUCUCCGGAAAAUUCGUCGACUGUAGUACACAGGGCUGUUGAAUGAACUUCAAUUUUCUCUCCUUCUUUUCAAUAACUGGAAAUUAUACCAUAGCCCCAUAUUAAUCUGAAGUUGAGGGAAGAGACAUGAGAGAGCGGUACGCAUCUUCUACUUUCUAAUUAGCUCAACCAAGUGAACCCCUAAAAUGGUAGCUCCCUCCUUCCAAUUUAAGCAGAACAAAUACUCGUUGUUUCAAUGAUGAAGAAGAAGGCAAAAUCAAACAAAUAAAUGAAGAAGAGGGCAAAAUUCGACGAUAAAGAGAAAAACCAGAAAAAUAAGGUGAAAUUUUAGAAAAAACGACGUUUUCCGUAAGUACGGACAUCGUCGUUUUGAAUGGUCGUCCAGCGAGUCCACGUGGGCGUUCCAGCGUCCACGUCAUUUUCAAAUUGGAUUUUAGGUGUCAUGGAAAAAAUCAGAAAAUAUACAAAGGUUAUGUAUUGUCAGGCUGAUUUUAA